GUUCAAGUGUCGAGUGUCGACGAAAUGUGACGGAUUCAGACGCUCGUAGAAACAUAAUUUAACUGCAUUAUCUAAAGCACGUAUGAAUUUGUGUAAAUCCGAUACAUAUUUAUGUCCAAAGUAUUAUCAUGCAAGGGGAACAAGCGGAUUGGUGUUAAAGUGUCGGCAUUCCCGACAUUAUCAUCAUCGUCAUCAUCCACUGUAAGGUCAAGGGUCAAGACCAGAUAUGUGCGCGGUUACUAUCGGCUAAUAUUCGUCCUAGUGUUUUAAGCCUUAAAUUAAGAAAUCAUGUCAGCUGGACCAGGCUUUAAUUUGUCAACCAAGAAGGAGGAUGUUUCAACAAGAUUAAAGGCACACAACCUCAAGAGAGCCAAAGAUGAGACCAAGAAGCUGGAACAUGAGGGCAAGAAGAUGGAAGAGCGCCUCCUAGAGCUCAAGCUGGCAAUGAAUAGGGAGAAAGAAGAGAGGGAACGUCAAGGGGGAGGCUUCUGGAAGAGCGGUCAACAAGGCUCGCUGACGACCUACGCAGAGGAGGUUCUGGCAAGAAAGAAGAGCAAAAGCGCACCAACAAAAGGGAAAAUAAAGAUUUUGAAGGAUAAGCCCCUUGAUCUGCCCGAACGCAGCGCUCAGCCCGGUACGAUGGCCUACAUCGCUCAGAGGGGCUCCCAUACCCCCAGGGACAAACCCAAGGGGCCCAAGUGUGGUCAGUGCGAGGACCGCUCUGCCUCAGUGUCUUGCGUACAGUGUGCUGAGGACUACUGCGCAGGUUGCUUUGCUGCCUUCCACCUGAAAGGAAACCUUAAGAAACACAGAUCCAUACCACUGGCAGCAACCCCUAGGCAAUGUUUUGCCUCACCCAGGCCGAAUCCACCAUCAACCAAUGGUUCAUACGACUUCCAACAAGGGGACGGGGCAGUCCUGCCUUAUGCAGCCAGUCCAAGAAAGGACAGGAACAGUCCAGACGGGGCCAGUGGUAGCUAUGACAACCCCCUACUCCACGGCAGUUAUGACGAGGCAGAACAGGCUGCAUCAUUCCAACAGGCCCUCGAAGCAUGGCGGACUGGGAAAGCUGCAGGGAACGCGUCUGGGAACGUCGGUUCUAGAGGUGGGAGCAGGCCCGGAACAGAUCGUACGGACCGGUCUCAGCGGAGGUCCGUGGUGCGGUACUCACCCGCUCCGACUCCAACUUUCAAUGUGGAGACUUCAACGGGCACUCUUGAUAAGCAACAAGAAAUCGACAUCAAAUUCAACACAAGUUCAAUGACUUAUGCUGAACGUCUCCUACUCAAAAAGCACAGACGGACAGACGUCGAGGCCUUGUUUACGCCGCGAGAUGAAGACAAGCAAAUGUCUUCCAGGGGUACCUCAAGGGAAACUCCCAGACAGAGUGCAAGGGAGAGAACUUUGCGUGUGGAGGGUCAAAGAGGCCCCCAAAGGGAGACAUCCAAUCUGUCAAUAAAGAUUGAGGAAUUUAAUGAUGCUGAUUUCGAUGAAGGUGAAAGGGUGGAUUUUGAUGCUCUUUACCAUGCCAUUCACCCUGAAGGGUCCCACUCCAAUGUGGAUCCAGACGCAGUGUCCAUAGUGGAGGUGCAGGACAAUGAUGUUGACGUAGAGCAGACGACAGCCUACAAAAUACAGGAAGUGGGAGAAAUGGAGGCAUGGUCUACUGAAUAUGAGAUGAAAUCAACUCUUAAGUCCUCCUCAAACACAAAAUCUCAGUUUGAAGCAAAACCUCCAUCAACGGGAAGAUCAACCAGACGUAAAUCUGGACGAAAAUCUUCAGGAUCAAGCAUUGAGAAGACUGCUCCAAUAGGAUUCGUUGACGAAAUCGCAAACCAAAAGUCAGGGAAAGCAAACCAGAAUGAUCCAAUAAUUCUUAGCUCCAAAUUAAAAGAUAUUGAAAACGAUAUUCGGCAAGUAUCCGCCCGGGGCAAAAUCAAUGAAAAAGAGUCUUUGACAGAGAAGGUGAAAAUAAAACCAACUUCUGCAUCAUCAUCAAAUUCAUCAAGAAGAAAACCAGAUUUGAAUUUAAAGGAAACUUCAGAAAAUUAUGAAAAAGUGAAAUUAUCAUCAUCAAAAAGUACAAAAUCAGACAUGCAUACAAGUGAAACAUUGGAUGAAAAACAAAAAUUGAUAUCUCGUCAAAAUUCUGCGAAGUCUCGCCCUCAGACGGGAUCUCGAGUGACACAGUCUAGAACAGGAAGUCGACAAUCAUCUCGACCCACAUCUAGAAUAACCAGUCGACCGGGUUCAAGCAGGGCUGCUUCAAGGAUGGAAACGCCUGGGCUCCUAACAAAGGCACCAAGUGAGGCCCUCAGCCAGGUGGCACGUAUGUCACAGAGUGGGGAACCAUACAGGGGUCUGGAGAGCUUCUACAUGGUGGGAGUGGAACUGGCGCAGCAGCAGGAGGAAAGGGAGAGAACUCUCACACCCUCCCAGCACAAGAGUAGGGAGGAGAAGAUAAAAGUCAGCUACCAGCUAUACAACAUGGCGCCCCGCUCCUGGAGGCCUGAGAUGAGUCUACAGGAAGCUGUGCCAGUGGACAGGCUGGAGAAUGAGGAAGCAGAGGAUGACAGGUCCCACUCUGUGAUGGCCUAUAUUGCGUACAGUGAGAAGCUUGUGUCAGACAUUACUGACCGGCUGAUCAGUCGAUUUGGAGAGCUGCCAUUGGACGAGGAUUCCCUAUCAGAUCAGAGCAGCGGAGGAGCUUACAGGAGUCUGGGGGAGGAGUAUAGGACCUUCACACCAAGAAGUCACAGCCAUGGCUCAAGUGUUCAGAAUUCACCGAGCAUGUCUGGGCGUGGAACCCCUGUUCACAUGUUGCGAUCCCAGGCCCGUGAACCCCAGUCCGCCAGAAAGGAUUCGUUGCCCACGCAGAAAUCCCUGCGUGAUCCUGAAAUAUCCCAGCUAGAUCUGCCAUUAUCCCAGCGUGACCCACCAGUAUCCCAGAGGGGGCAAGCUUCACAGAGGGAUAAACAAUCAUCCAAAAGGGACGAGCCAGUUUCUAAUAGGGAUCUGAACAGGACCUCCCAAAAUGGUCCAAAAUUAUCACAAAGGGGUCAAUCAUCAACCCAGUCAACCCAAAAUGACAUUGAUCCAAAGAUGAGACAAUCUCAAAACCAGGCCCUAUUGAGUUCUCGGACCCCUAGGGUGUCAGGGUCAAGGGCGCGAACCCCAGGUCUGCAUAAAUCCCAGGGGGAGGUGGUUACACCAAGGAGAUCACAAACCUUUCAUGGGGAGCCUGAGCGGCCAGUAUCUAGGGCCAUUGUGAUGGAUGGCGCAGACCUCAGCGUGUUUGAUGCAGUUGGAGAGGAGACCACGCAGAACAGAGAGGAUGAGGAAACGCUGGAUCAGCUCGAGUGGGAACUUGCCUCACAGUCUGGCAGACUCACUGAGGACGGCAAGAUAUCUCGUAUGGAGAUGCCUGAUGACUCUGAGUUCUCAGACGACUCCAUCUCCAGCCUGGAGAGUUUCCGCUCGCGCAGUCGACUGGGGCAGGACCAGGGAUACGAUAUAAACGCAAAGCUGAGACAAGACGAGUUAGAAGAAGAUGAUGAUGGAACAGACGAUGAAAAUGAUGUCAAAAAUCUGUUUUGAACAAACAGUUCCAGAAUUAGUACCAGCUUUAAACAGUAGAAAUGGGACAUAUGAAGCACAAAAGAUUCAGGAAAACAUAUAAAAUGUUUGUUUUCACAUACAUUUCCAAAGAGUAGAGAGUUUGGGCAUACAUUGUUUUUAUUAUCUGUUGUUUACUAAUACAAGUGAUUCAAAGGAUAUUCCAUGACUUGAAAUUGACUGCUGCUUUGCUUUAUGUGCAAACUUUUAUUCAUUUUGGAUAUGAAGUCCUGUACGAGAAUGUGUUCACCGAGAGUAUGCUCCUACAUUGUGUUAAUGAAAAAAUUUGUAGCAAUGAAAAUCUCUGUAUAAAAGUGACAAUUUUACCAAGGGUAACGAAUGCUUCAUUGAAUGAAGAAAAUGUGACUGACUAAGACAAUUCAUUAUUUUACAUUAAACAAAUAGUAGCUAGUCAUAUACUUCUGGUAUUUGGAUUUUUUAUUGAUUUAAAAAUGUCCAUGCAAAGUGAAUGCCAAUUAGUUUUGUGUUUGCUAGAAUAUCAGUGGAUUUGAUUGUUUUACUCUUUAAGGAUAAGACUUUGUGAUUUGAUCAUCUGUUGCUUAAAUGAAUGACAUGUUCAUCUUAUUUUCUGAAUAUCUCAGCCGUAUUGCAAAACUUCAAAACGUAAAUAUUUGUGUUCGUUAUUUUCAUUAUUUAUAAUCUUGUCAUGCAUGUGGUAUAACUAUUUAUUUAAACAAUUAUACAAGUAUUUAUUGCAGUAAAAUUAUAUAUUUACGUUUCGUUUCCAAAUAAAUCUAUACAUAAUGGA